AUGCAAGUCGAAAAAACCACAAAUGCGCUUUACUAUACUACCACGAGAAGAAGUUUGCAAUUCAUUGGAUUUACGGAAUUCACAGAAUAUAAGCAAUUCACAGAAUUCAAUCAAUUCGCGGGAUUAAGGAAAAUAUUAGGACAGCCUUAUGAUGUGGAUGCGAAGAGAACAAUAGGCAAAGUACUAGCAGGCAUUUGGUCUGCCUAUGGCUAGAUUUAACACGGUUACGUCGUAGUGGGAAUCGAGAAUAUUCCUCUGGAUCAGCCGACUUUGUUUGUCUUCUACCACGGAGUGAUUCCUAAUGAUCUUCACUAUUUUGUGACCUGGGUGGGAAAUAUCCAGAAGAGAUUAAUCUAUACGGUCAUGGAUCGGUUUUCGUACAAAAUACCUGGAUGGACCAUGAUGCUUGAAGUAUUAAACGUCACAUCUGGUGAUGUUCCAUCUUGUUCUUCUAUUCUGAAGGGAGGAAACAUGCUUGCUAUUACUCCAGGGGGUCUUUAUGAAUCGCAAUUUGGGGGUUCGCGUUAUAAACUGAUGUGGAAAGGUCGACUUGGAUUCGCCAAAGUUGCUCUUGACGCUAAAGUGUCUAGAUUGGCAGCAGGGCGCCAAGCUCCAAACAGAUGGUGGUUAAAAUUAUACGAAUCUACAAAGUUUCCUUUCAAGACGAUGUACGGUGGAUUUUCAGUAAAGCUUAAGACUUUUGUGGGCAAACCAAUUCCAUAUGAUGGGAGUCUCAUGCCAGAACAACUUCGGGCAAAGGUUGUUACCGCUCUUGAAGAAUUGAUACAAGAACAUCAAAAAAUGCCCGGAAGUAUAAUGCGGGCAUUGUGGGAAAGAGUUUGUGACGCCGAAGACAGUUCUAAUAAGCCCAAGCCCAAGUGA